GCUCCUUCAUGAUGGUGAACAGCUCUGGGCGGGCAUCUGGGCAGAAAGCUCACUUGCUGUUGCCUACGUUGAAGGAAAAUGACACGCAUUGCAUCGACUUCCACUAUUACUUAUCCAGCAGAGACCGUUCGAGUCCUGGCUCUCUGAAUGUCUACGUGAAGGUGAACGGAGGACCACAGGGCAAUCCCAUAUGGAACGUAUCGGGAGUUGUUACAGAAGGAUGGGUGAAGGCAGAACUUGCCAUCAGUACAUUCUGGCCACAUUUUUAUCAGGUGAUAUUUGAAUCUGUGUCUUUGAAAGGACAUCCAGGAUACAUAGCUGUGGAUGAAGUCAGAGUUCUCGCCCAUCCAUGCAGAAAAGCACCUCACUUCCUACGACUUCAGAACGUGGAGGUUAAUGUGGGACAGAACGCCACGUUCCAGUGCAUUGCUGGGGGGAAGUGGUCGCAGCAUGACAAACUCUGGCUCCAGCAGUGGAAUGGAAGGGACACAGCACUAAUGGUCACUCGAGUGGUCAACCAUAGACGUUUUUCCGCUACUGUCAGUGUAGCUGACACCUCCCAGCGCAGCAUCAGCAAGUACCGAUGUGUCAUUCGUUCAGAUGGUGGAUCUGGAGUUUCAAAUUAUGCGGAAUUAAUAGUGAAAGGUCUGUUGUUUCCUCGAAAGAGGGAACUGCGUAUUAUUGUGUCCUUCCUGAGUCUGGGAUACAGGCUAGAUAUUGUUCCAGUUGCAGCAAUCCAGUGCCUGAUGUCCUCGGUCCUGGGGAGCCUGUGGCUUUCUCCUCUGUGCCUGGAGGAGGAGGGAGAAUGGCUGAAAGGCAGCAACAGGCUAGACAAAGCUUAUGAUAUAAAACAGUCUGGAUCAAAUGGGGCUUAA